AUGAAGAUUGACCGCUGUCAAUAUGAAAAGAGAAUAAUUCAAAUGAAAGGGAUAAAAAAUGAUGAUCCAAGAAAACUGGACGAAAAAAGAAAAACUAACAAAAAGAAGACUGGAUCAAGAAAGAAGACUGGACCAAGAGAGAAGACGGGUCUAAGGAAGGAGACUAUCAAGAAAGGAGGCUAUAUCAAGAAAGAAGACGGGAUCAAGAGAGAAGACGGGAUCAAGAGGAGACGCGACCAAGAGAGGAAAUCUAAAAAAAGAAGACGAGAUCAAGAAAGAAGACGGGGUCAAAAAAGAAAGACAGUACCAAGAAAGAAGACGGGACCAAGAAAGAAGACGGGGCCAGAAAUAAGACGCGACCAAGAGAGAAAAUCUAACAAAAAAAGACGAGAUCAACAAAGAAGACUGGACCAAGAAAGAAGACGGAAAGAAGACGGGACCAAGAUAGAAGACGGGACCAAGAAAGAAGACGGGACCAAGAAAGAAGACGGGACCAAGAAAGAAGACGGGACCAAGAAAGAAGACGGGACCAAGAAAGAAGACGGGACCAAGAUAGAAGACGGGACCAAGAAAGAAGACGGGACCAAGAAAGAAGACGGGACCAAGAAAGAAGACGGGACUAAGAUAGAAGACGGGACCAAGAAAGAAGACGGGACUAAGAUAGAAGACGGGACCAAGAUAGAAGACGGGACCAAGAUAGAAACCGGGACCAAGAUAGAAACCGGGACCAAGAAAGAAGACGGGACCAAGAAAGAAGACUGGACCAAGAAAGAAGACUGGAUCAAGAAAGAAGACGGGACCAAGAAAGAAGACGGGACCAAGAAAGAAGACGGGACCAAGAAAGAAGACUGGACCAAGAUGAAGACGCGACCAAGAGAGAGAAUCUAA